GAAGCGGAACCAGCGAGGCUGACCCGCUCAGUAGUAAUUCUGCUUUUACGUUCGAGAAGAAAGGAGCGCAGCUUUCAGUGUGGGGCCUCAACGACGGGGACAUUACGACCGCAGCGCACAGCCCCGCACGGCGACAUGGAGGCCGACCGACCAGACCCCAACGGGCCCGGAGCCGCGACGGCAGCCGCGGCCACCGCUGCGGCGGCGACUGGGGCGGCGACGGCUGGAUGCCCGCAGCCUCGGGAGCCGCAGGACGGGGACGGAGGCCUGUCGCUGCCCGGGAUCCUGCACUUCAUCCAGUACGAGUGGGGCCGUUUCCAGGCCGAGAAGUACCGCUGGGAGGCAGAGAGGGACGAGCUCCGGGCUCAGGUGGCGUUCCUCCAGGGCGAGAGGAAAGGGCAGGAGAACAUGAAGCAGGACCUGGUGAGACGCAUCAAGAUGCUGGAGUACGCCCUGAAACAGGAGAGGGCCAAACACCAGAAGCUAAAGACCGGUACAGACCAGAGUCCUGGAGACAAGAAGCCGGAGCUGGAGGCUGAGCCACUACCCAAUGGCCCGGCAGAGUCCGAUUCCGAGCCAGCCAAUCAGAUGUCCUGGAAGGAGGGACGUCAGCUAUUACGAAAGUACCUGGAGGAGGUGGGCUACUCAGACACCAUCCUGGACAUGCGCUCCAAGCGCGUCCGCUCCCUACUGGGGAGGAGCAGCCCGGAGGCCAACGGACCGCCGCCCAGCGAGACCGCCCCCGAGGGAGGAGGAGGAGGAGGAGGAGAAGGUGGAGGAGGAGGGGGAAGUGGAGGAGGAGGAGGUGGAGGAUGCAGCGACAGCGGAGAGUCCCUAUUGGUCCGACAGAUAGAGGAGCAGAUCAAGAGGAACGCGGGGAAGGAGAGCGCCUCGUCCCGCGUGGGGGGCUCGGUCCUGGACCAGAUCCCCUUCCUGCACGGCUGCCAGGACGACGAGGACGACAGUGACGAGGAGGACGACUUCACGGCCAUGGCCACGGACUGCAUCGACGGCACCAUCCGGAAAAACAAGAAGCCGCGCGCAAAGGAGCCCAUGACCUCCGACCUGGACCCUGAGGAGGAGGAGGAGGAGGACUCGGAGGACGCGCUCGGAGAGUUUGACUUCCUGGGCUCGGGGGAGGAGGGGGAGGGGGCGGGAGAAGCCCGCCUGUCGGGGGACGGACGGGAGUUAGAGAACCACAGGAACAAAUUACAGGACAUCAUGUCGGACUUCCCCCCCAAACCCUCCCCCCCCCCUUCGGUGUCGGGACCGGCUCGCCCCGGGGAAGCAGCAGGGGGCGCCCUGGGCUUCUCCUCCGACGUCUUCAUCAUGGACGCCGUGGGGGGCGGGGACCUGAACCUGGGCGAGCUGGCGGACCUCACGGUCGCCAACGACAACGACCUCUCCAUGGACAUGCAGGACCCCCGGGAGGAGUUGAAGAAGACGUGGAACCCGCGCUUCACGCUGCGCAGCCACUUCGACGCCAUCCGGGCGCUGGCCUUUCACCCCAGCCAGGAGGUGCUGCUCACCGCCUCCGAGGACGGCACCCUGAAGCUGUGGAACCUCAACAAGGCCAUGCACUCCAAGAAGAACGCAGCGCUGGACGUGGAACCCAUCUACACCUUCAGAGCGCACAGCGGGGCGGUGCUGUCUCUGGCCAUGGGCCCUGAGGGUGAAGCCUGCUACAGCGGGGGUCUGGAUGGCUCGGUCCGCUGCUGGAAGAUCCCGGACCUCAACGUGGACCCCUACGACAACUACGACCCGGGCGUUCAGAGCCUGGUCCUGGGGGGCCAUGAGGACGCCGUGUGGGGGCUGGCCUUCUCGGCGGCCCACCGGCGGCUGGCCUCCUGCUCGGCGGACGGCAGCGUGAGGGUCUGGGACCCGCUGGGCUCCGCCCCCUGCCUCUCCGUCCUCAACAAGGAGAAAGAGCGUGGCACCCCCACCUCGGUGGCCUUCGUGACCUCCGACCCCAACCAGGUGGUGGUGUCGUACGACGGCGGCGACACGCUCCUCUACGACCUGAACACUGAGCAGAGCCUCGUCGCCCUGGAGACGCAGACCGUGGACGGGAGCCAGCUGAUCCACCGUGUGGUCAGCCACCCCUCGGAGCCCAUCUCCAUCACCGCCCACGACAACCGCACCAUCCGCUUCCUAGACAACAAGACCGGUAAAGUGGUCCACUCCAUGGUGGCCCACCUGGACGCGGUCACCUGUCUGACCACCGACCCCAAGGGCACGUACCUCAUCUCUGGCAGCCACGACUGCUCGGUGCGCCUGUGGAUGCUGGACAACAGGACGUGCGUGCAGGAGAUCACGGCGCACAGGAAGAAGCACGACGAGGCCAUCCACGACGUGGCCUUCCACCCCUCCCAGCCCUUCAUCGGCAGCGCCGGGGCCGACGCCCUCGCCAAGGUCUUCGUCUAGCGGGACGGCGCCCACACGGGGUGAGACGGGUCGGAGCAGAACACCGCCUGGACUGAAGAGGACUGGCCUCCCCCC